AUGAAUAACAACAACUCUUUAAUAUUGGAAUACCACUUAUAUGAUACUAUUUAGUUGCUUAAAAACAAUAAAUACAAAAAAUUUAUCAAAUUAAGCAAAAAAUUAGUUUGUAAUCCUUAUUUGGUUAAUGAUAUAUUUUACAUUCAAUUGAAUAUCUAGCUAAUUAGAAGAUUAUUAUAUUGUCAACUGAAAGUUGUUUAGAAAUAUUUCUUAAACUUCAGUUCGAAACAAUAAACUAUUUUAGAAGUUUUGAUAACUUGUAUGGAUUUAUGUUAAAAUUAUCAAAUUUUGAUAAGUAAAUAUGAGACUUGUUUUGAUGAAAAAGAAAUCAAAGAAAAAUAGAUAUCUAGAAAACUUAAAUUCUUGAAUGAACCAAAUAAAUUAACAAUAAAAUAAUUUGCAAAUCAAUUUGAUAAACUAGAACCAGACAAUAAAUCAACAAUUUGGAUUAAAUAUCAAUGGUAAUAACUCUUUUGUUAUUUUUAAAAGACCUUACUUUUUAAUUAUCUCUAUUGUAAAAUGUCUAUGUUAAAAGAGGCAUCUCUUUUUUUGUUCAAAUUGUAUAAAUUAAAACCAAUCUCUACAUUUAAAUCCUAAUUUUUAUAUUUAUAAACUUUAACUUUCAAAAAUACAGCCUAAUACGAAUUAGCAAACAAUACAAACAGUGAAGUAUUAGAAUAUGGAUUCCAAAUGCUAUUAAAUUCAUUAAGAGAAUACCAUAAGCCAAAAUCAAAUUUGUUAAAUUUUUAAAGGUAAUUGAUAAAAAUAACAACAACAUUAUUGAUUAAUUUAGAUAUAUAGAGUAAAUCUUAGGAAAUUAAUGAUAAUCAUUUAGAUUGCAUUUAAUCUUUAAAUUUGGCUCACUUUUUAGCUUCUCAAAUUUUGAAACCCUUGAAAGUAAAGACAGAAUUAGUUGAAUAUAUAGCUUCAGAAUUUGAAUUUACAAAUGAAAAAUUUGAACAAAUUUUAUUGGAAGAUAAAGAUCUUACUAAAUUUACACAAUUUCUUUAUGGAUAUCAUGUUAAUUAAAAAUAUCAUAUUAAAAAUAGUGUUAAUUCAAAAUUGCAGGAAAUGAUUAAAAUUAAACUAUAAGAUAAUAAAAGUUUAUAAUUUUAAAAAGGAUUUCAAACAAUUAAUAGUAAUUAAUGUAUUUAUGCUUCAAACAGUCAGGAUAAAUUGACAAUGUAAGAUUACUUACCAAUAAAAAUUAAAUCAUAUCAUCACAAAGACUCAACAGUUUUUUCAAAUCCCUAUUCUUAAACUUCAAUAAAUCAUACUAUUUAAAAUAAUAAUAUUAUUAAGGAAUCCCCAUAAACACAAAGGGAUAUGAGAAAUUAAAAUGCACAUCCAGGUAGCUUUUUAAGUUUAAAUAAUGUUUCAGUUGUUAAGUUAAAUUAAGAAAAACCAAAAAAACGUCAGGUUUCUGUGAAAUGUAAAAGAGUCAACACAAAUUCUGAUCAUAAGAACAGUUAUUUAAGUUAGUUGAUUAAUUUAAGAUAAAAAUCUAGUUUAACAAUAAGAAAUGAAAUGAGUGAAUUAGAAAAAAAUCAUUAAAAAUUAAUAAAUAAAUUGAAUAAUUAAUAAAAAUCAACUAAAAUAUCUACAAUAGAUGAAUUUUUUAAUAAAAAAAUAGAAGCAAUAGCCUUUGAAGAAUGUUUGACUUUAGAUCAAAUAAAAGAUACAGCCAAAAAAAUCAUUUAAACUGAAUGGGAAAUUCAUAAGGAGAUGCCAGUAACAAAAAGUUUAAUGAAAUCGAUAUCAGUUUCUGAGAUCUAAUUUGAGUAGUAAUAGGCUGCAUAUAAUAAGCUUUAAGAAUAUAGAGAGAUUCAAAAUUUAGACUAUUAUAAUACAGAGAAAGAUAGAGCAUAAGAUUAGAUGUAAUAAACAAAAGAAGUUAGAAAACUUAAAAUUAAUUAAUAAAGAUUUACAAUGAAACAUAGAAGUAGUUAAUAAAGUUUAUUUAAUUCUCAAUAGAUAAAGUCUUUGGUUAUAAAUGAUACUAAAAUUUAAGAAUAAUUUAGUUAAUAAUUUUUAUAACAAUAAAAUACAACAGAAUAAAGAGUAGAAAUAAAAGUAUCACCUAGAUUAGCAAGGAAAAAUAAUUCAAUGUUGUAUAAUUCAAAUUUAGAGUAGGAUAAUUGUUAAAAGGGGUUUUCUUUAGUAAAAGGAUAAUUGAUAGAUUUUAUGAUAAAUAAUCUUGAAUAUAGAGAUGAAUUAAACAUGUAAGAGAAAGAAUUAAAAUAAGUAUAAUUUUUAAUAGAUUAGGUAGUUUGUAUUACCUAGAUAAUUCAGAACCAAUGCUAUAUCUCCAUCUGGAGGUGAAUUUUCAUUAAAAUCAUAGAAUAUGAGUGAUUUCAAAUCUUUUGCAUAUAGUACUAAUUCAACUUAGAUUACAUCACAAAAUAUGGAAAAUAAAUUGCAUAAGACAUUUGGAAAUUAAAAAUAAUGA